AUGCGUGCGUGGGUACGUCCAGCUUCUUGUCUAGGUUCUGAACGCCGGAACGCGUUUCUCCAGUCGAACUGUGGCAGCUUCCGCGCGGACGUACCAGACUUGCGGGCACGCGGUCGCGUUCGAACUCGCUACAUCGCCAACUGGCAUUCGCUCUCCCACAGUAGACACGUUAGACUAUUCCAUAUUUAUGCCAAGGCGGGAACUCCUUUCAGUGAAUAUGUCCCUGACGAAAGCACGCCAGAGCUCUUGCUAGCCUGGGGCCAACGAGUGCUGGCAUACGCCGGACGCUUUCGCCAGAGCUGGUGUGCGGCGGCUUCUGCAACCUGUACCACGCCAAUUGACCUAUUCAGCAGCCGAGGCUUUGAUGCCUGGCUGGCACAGCAGCCUGAAGGACUACAGGUAUGGCUUCGCACCGUGGAAACCCUCUCGUCCGUGGCAAACACGGAUACCGGGGACCUCUUCUGCCAAUGCAUUCCGUCACCGUCGCUAUCGUCGGCUGCGGGCGCUGAGGAGGCAUCUUCCGGGUCCGGGAUACCGCAGGCGCCAUGGAGCGUACUCGUACGCACGGACUAUGUAUGUUCGAGUGAUUUGCUGCGGGUCCCUUGGCCUCUGGCAGCGAUUCCAUCUCGAAUACCUCCAGGUGCGUAUGCUUUGCGACGUGGCUGCGCUGGACUCCCGCCGUCUGCCAUCGCCCUAGCAUGGGCGCUUGGUACCUACACAUUCGACGCCUACAAGACAAGGGAACCACGGGCCUUGCGUCAACUUCAAUGGCAGGUGUCGGACGAGACGAAGAUGGUGGAGAGCUUUGCAGAGGCCGCUUACCUCGUGCGGGACCUGAUUAAUGCGCCGGCGGAGCAAUUGGGCCCGGCCGCGUUAGAGGCCUGUGCACGAGCACUUGCUGAUCGAUACGGAGGCAGCUGUCGUGCUAUCAUCGGAGAGGCACUUCGCACCGCGAACUUUCCCCAGAUCUACGCCGUGGGUCGGGCGGCUGCCUCGCGUCAUGCGCCGCGUCUCGUAGAGAUGCAUUUUCCGCUACCGGAAGGCCGAUCGCCAUCACGAUCACCACCAUCGUCGUCAUCGUCACCGAAUGCAUCCAAGCCGCUUAUCGUUUUAAUUGGCAAAGGCGUAUGUUUUGAUAGUGGCGGCCUCGACAUCAAACCCGCGCAGGCGAUGCGGCUGAUGAAGAAGGACAUGGGCGGUGCUGCACAUGUUCUCGGUCUGGCGAACCUGCUGCGUUCGGAUCCGCAGCUGGCAGAGAGACAUCGGCUCUGUGUACUACUGCCCGCCGUAGAGAAUGCCAUUUCGGGGGAUGCGCUUCGGCCGGGAGAUAUCCUGACGGCACGAAACGGCAUGACCACGGAGGUUGGCAACACCGACGCCGAGGGUCGACUCAUUCUAGCGGAUGCUCUCGCCUAUGCGAUGGAACUGAAUCCACAGUACAUUGUUGACUUUGCAACCUUGACGGGUGCUGCACGUGUUGCCCUUGGCACCGACCUGCCUGCACUGUUCUGCUCCGACGAGCAAGUCGCAAGAGAAGCGAUGGAAUUGGGAUCGCUUCUCGGUGACCCAGUUUGGCACAUGCCGCUGCAUCGUGCUUACCGCAAAAUGCUGCGCAGCAAAGUAGCUGAUAUUCAGAAUAUCGGUGAUAGUCCGUAUGCUGGUGCGAUUCUCGCAGCAUUGUACCUUGCAGAGUUUGUGCAAACUGGUCGAGAGGCGCUCCCGAGUCGGCAGUCGCCGGAGACGGCACCCGCCGCCAAAGCAGCAGACGGCAGCGCUCGCGGAUCCCCAGUCUGGAUACACCUCGACCUGAUGGCAUACGCUGUGGGGUCAUCUGCUGGUCGCCCCGAGGGAGGCACUGAACAAGGCCUCUAUACAAUGUAUCACUUACUCCGGCGGAGGGUGCUCGGUGCUGAGGUGGCGUAG